UCGGCCGAAACGUCACAGUCUGAUGAGAUCAUUCGCGUUUGAACUUUCGUACUUCACAUAUCGCAGUGACUGCUGAAUAAUAAGUUAACUUUUUUCAAUAAAUUUGACUCGUUAAAAAAUCAACGAUGUGUGGAGAAAAUUUAACGUUUUAUUAUUAUACACUUCUACUCAUCCUUUUGUUUUUAAUAUUUCAAUCAAGUUCUGUAAGUGAUGAUAACGAAGACAAUAAUUCGACAGAGCAAUACAAAUUUGAGGAAGAUAUCAAGAAAAAUUGUGGCAAAAAAGCAGAAUUAAUGCGGUAUAACUCGUAUGAAAAUUAUAUAAAUAGCAACAAGAAUAAUUCCAAUAAAGGAAGUGAUAAUAAAAAUUAUAUCGUUCCACAUGAGAUGUAUGACACUAUUAUUUGUAUUCAGCUCUGUUGUUCGCUCGGUGAUCGCUUGGUUAACGAGAAUUGCAUUACCAGUGAAAAUAAAUAUGUUUUCCCAAACAUAUACAGUUACUCGAACAAUUCGAUACAGAGCGAAAAUAAGAAGGUGGACGAGCUUUUUCCACUAAUCGUUCAAAAUCCGUGCCAGGAAACUAUACGUUUUUUUCUUUAUCCGGACUAUUAUUUCAAGUAUUACAAGUAUAUGUUUUUCGCAAAUAGUUCUCUAUAUCUUCCUUAUUUCGACAUAUUUGUCGAAUCAACAUCUUAUUGUUUGGCCGUUGUGGAUCAUAAUCAGUUCGAUGCAAUUAUCUGCUUGGAAGCUGUGAACGAAACCAUCAAUAAAAAAAAGGAUAACAUGAACGAUCUGACAAAUGAAAUCUCAAAUGAAUUGAGAUUUUUAUUUUUGAGUUGCCGCAUAGUGUCUGUGUUAUGUUUGCUUAUAAUAUUUGUGGUGUAUUCUAUAUUUCCGGAGCUUCGUAAUAUACAUAGUUUCAUGCUGCGCAAAUACUGCAGUUUGUUAUUUUUCGGAUACGUAAUUGACACUAUAAGUUUCCAAUCGUUCUAUCCAAUCAACAUAGUAGAAUUUUCAUAUUUCAUCUGUGUUAUAAUUGCUUUAGUCAGCUAUUUCUGUUUUUUGUCAAGCUUUUUCUGGUUAAGUGCAAUGAGUUUCGACAUUUGGUGGACAUUUAGAGAUUUUCGCUUGUUACAAAAAAAUGUGAAACAAGAGAGAAAAAAAUUAAUAUAUUCUAUCUUUGCUUGGGGAGGUCCCUUCAUUUUUACUAUCUUUUGUAUUAUCAUGGAUUUCGUUCCCAACGUGCCGAAAAACUUAAUCCGACCGGAAUUUUGCGUCGAUAGUUGCUGGUUUUAUGAAGAUGCGGCGUCUCAAUUGUUUUUUUACGGGCCGAAAAGUGUUUGUGUUAUUAGUAGCAUUUGCUUAUCUAUUUAUACUGCAUUAAAAAUUGUGCGUUAUGAAAAGAACACAGUCCGUCAUCUGAGAGAUUCGCAGAGCAGAUUUUACAAUGACAACAAGCGAUGGUUCAGUCUAUAUCUGAGACUGUUUAUCAUGUUGUUUAUCAUAAUAGCCAUAGAUUGGAUUAUAUCAACAGCGUAUGAAUUUUGGCUGUUUGAUGAUAUUACAAUGUUGUACAUCUUACGCAGUAUUUUUGUGAUGGACACCAUGCAAGAUAUCGGUAUGUUUAUCAUAUUCGUGUGUAAAAAGACAAUCAUACGACUGCUAUUAAAGCAUUUCUGGCAGAAUUGCAAGUCUUUCUCCAAAACUUCGACAUGAAACGGUUACAGAUUUGAAUAACUGUACUAUGUCAAGAACAAUUUUUUGAUGGAAAAACAUUAAUUAUGGGAAUCGUCACAUAAAAAGUUUGUCUGAUGAGAAUAUAUAAUCUUAUAUAUAUUUAUCCUUGUCAAAAUUAGGAUGUCUAAUGUGAUAUAUGUAUAAUGCAUAAGUGUGUACAUUU